AUGUCUGAGUCUGGAUACACAUUGAUCUACGACCCCAAUGCGGCGUCCAAGACCUCAGUCAAUGAGUUCAAAACUCUCCUCGAAAAAGGAAAAGAUGAAGCCAAGGUUGAGGCCAUGAAGAAGAUCUUGAUUCUGAUUCUCAACGGUGACCCCAUGCCCGAUUUGUUGAUGCACAUCAUCAGAUUUGUGAUGCCCUCCAAAAACAAGGAGUUGAAGAAGUUGCUCUACCACUAUUGGGAAGUUUGUCCCAAGAUGGACGAUCAGGGCAAAAUGAGACACGAGAUGAUUCUUGUUUGUAACGCUAUACAGAGAGAUUUACAACAUCCUAACGAGUACAUCCGUGGAAAUACGUUGAGGUACUUGACGAAGUUGAAGGAGGCAGAAUUGUUGGAAACUUUGGUACCAAAUGUCCGCCAGUGUCUUGAACACAGACACGCCUAUGUGAGAAAGAAUGCUGUGUUUGCGCUUCAUUCCAUCCACAAGGUCAACGACCAUUUGGUUCCCGAUGCGGACGAGCUUAUCUACAAGUUUUUGUAUGAGGAAAGUGACUCGGUUUGUAAGAGAAAUGCUUUUGUCUGUCUUGGAGACUUGAACAGAGACGCAUCCUUACAGUAUAUCCAAGAUAACAUUUCCAUUAUCGAGACGUUGGAUCCGUUGUUACAGCUUGCCUUCAUCGAGUUCAUCCGUAAGGAUUCGGUCCAGAACCCAGUGUUGAAGUCUCAGUACACGAACUUGGUGACAGAUAUCAUUGAAAGUUCUUCCAACGUAGUUGUAUACGAAGCAGCCAAUGCCUUGACGGUCUUGUCCAACAAUCCACAGUCUAUCUUGUUGGCUGGUAGCAAGUACGUCGAGUUGGCCACCAAAGAAGCUGACAAUAAUGUCAAGAUCAUCACUCUUGAGAGAAUUAACGACCUCCACAAAAAGAACCCGGGUGUUCUUCAAGAGUUAUCUUUGGAAAUCUUGAGAGUAUUAUCAUCGCAAGACUUAGACGUACGUAAAAAGGCUCUUGACGUUACUUUGCAGUUCGUUACCAGCAGAAAUGUAGAAGAUGUGGUGAAGUUGUUGAAGACUGAGUUGCAGAGAACUUCGUCGGCUAAUGAAGAUAAGAGCGCUGAAUACAGACAAUUAUUGAUCAACGCCAUCCACCAAUUGGCCAUCAAAUUUGUCGAAGUUGCAGCCAACGUCAUAGAUUUGUUGUUGGAGUCCAUGAGUGACUUAAACACCACUGCUGCUUACGAAGUUAUCACUUUUGUUAAAGAAGUCGUGGAAAAGUUCCCAGACUUGAGAAAGACCAUAAUAACCCGGUUGAUCAGCGUGUUGCCUUCUAUCAAAAGUGGAAAGGUCUUCCGUGGAGCAUUCUGGAUUAUUGGUGAAUAUGCUCUUGAAGAAAGCUUAGUUCAAGAAGCAUGGAAAUACAUUAGAUCUAGCAUUGGAGAGGUUCCUAUUGUAGCCAGUGAAAAGAGAGCUGCCGAAGGAAAUGCCCCAGAUGUAGAAGAAUACUCCAACGGAUCUACUGAACAUACAAAGAAGGGACCUGUAGUUUUGCCCGAUGGUACCUAUGCUACUGAAAGUGCUUUGACUGCUGAAGUAAAGGAUACCAGCAACGAUGAGAAGCCUCCAGUUCGUAAACAUAUCUUGGACGGAGACUUUUAUCUUGCUGCCGUGUUGUCCUCUACUUUGGUCAAAUUGGUUUUGAGAUUACAUCGUUUGAAGGCUCUGCAAUCGGUGUUGAAUGCUUCUAAGGCUGAGGCUUUAUUGAUUAUGGUUUCGAUCUUGAGAGCAGGUGAGAGUUCAUAUGUAGCCAAGAAGAUCGAUGAAGACUCAGCUGAUCGUAUUCUCUCAUACAUCAAGGUAUUGAAUGAAGAAGAUGAUUUGGAAUUAAUCCUGGCCGGGUUCUUGGACGAAACCAAAGAUGCCUUCACUGCCCAGAUUCAGAGCGCCGAGCUCAAGAAGGCAGAAGAGCAAGCCAGAGAUUUCCACGAAAACGCUGAGCAGGUGGACGGUUCUAUUGUUUUCAGACAAUUCGACAAGGAUAAUGCUGCCAAGAGUGCUGCUGUUGAUGAUGUAUCAUUGGCAAGUGGUAGUGCAUUAAAGAAGGAAGACUUGUCGUCCAGAUUAAACAAGAUCUUACAAUUGACAGGAUUCUCUGAUCCAAUCUAUGCCGAAGCCUUUGUCAAGGUUCACCAAUACGACGUCACCUUGGAUGUCUUGUUGGUUAACCAAACCACUGCUACGUUGCGUAACUUGUCAAUUGAGUUUGCUACUCUUGGUGAUUUGAAGGUUGUGGACAAGCCUGCUACAGCCAACGUAGGUCCACAUGGAUUCUACAAAAUUCAAACCACAGUGAAGGUCACCUCAGCAGACACUGGUGUCAUCUUUGGUAACAUUGUCUACGAUGGCCAACACUCUGAUGAGUCUACCAUUGUGAUCUUGAACGACGUUCAUGUGGAUAUCAUGGAUUAUAUUAAGCCUGCCACUUGUUCUGAAAGCCAGUUCCGUAAGAUGUGGAACGAAUUCGAAUGGGAAAACAAGAUCACCAUCAAGUCACAGAUUCCUACUUUGAAGGAAUACUUGGACGAAUUGAUGAAGGGCACCAACAUGAACUGUUUAACUCCCGGUGCUGUCAUAGGAGAAGAAUGCCAGUUCUUGUCUGCUAACUUGUACUCUCGCUCAUCGUUUGGUGAAGAUGCCUUGGCCAACUUGUGUAUUGAAAAGCAGAGUGACGGUCCAAUAAUUGGCCAUGUUAGAAUAAGAUCCAAGGGUCAGGGUUUGGCAUUGUCGUUGGGUGACAGAGUUGCAUCAAUUUCCCGUAAAAACAAGCCAGCAAGUGUGAUCAAGGUCUAAAACAUUUAUUUCGUUUUAUUGUAUUCACUAAAUGUAUAGUGUAUAAUCAAAACUUCAUAUACAAAUCAUUUACAUAUAUUAUAUUAA